GAAGUUUUAUUCCAGCAGCCCGGCAUCCAUAUUGAAAUUCAAAAAGUUGUUGCGUUAUGGCGGCGAGUGAAAUCCAUGGCCAUCCUCGCCCGUCGUGUGAUUAUUAAGAGUUUUUUUCCAAAAACUAUUAUUCUUUAUAUAUUUUACUACUAAAAUAGUUAAUUAUUUUUAUGAAUAAAGAAAGGAGCUCGGCUCAAUGGCUGAUGGUAGGUGCAACAAUUUCUCGAGUGCAAGGCUUCGACUGGGCUCGCUGCCAUUCCGACAUGAAAUCAUUCGACUUUAUUUCUCCUGCAGGAACCGAUGAUGUUGAAUGGUGUUUCUCACAAGUUAAAGGAACUGUGGAAGAAGAAGUCACAGAGGGUAGGCGAGUGUUCUUGUUUAAUCCUACCCGUAAAAUUAACACUGCAAACAACAAAAUGGAAUUUAGUUAAAAAGCAACCAUAAAAUACUCGAUUUCGAAUUCGAAAAUGAACCAAAUAUUUUUUGGACAACAAGACACUAUUAUGAUAUUGCCUUAGUGAGUUACUUCGGUUGGUUUUGAGAGCAAAUUACGAUUUUUUACAAUGUUUAUUUGAUAUGAUAUCGGCUCUGUGCCUUUGUCUUGAUUAAUAGUUGUAUAUAUAAAAUCUAUGACAUUGUACAUGCAUUAUUAAAUGUACACGUUUUUUCGCUCGUAUAUAGCACUAAAACUUUGUUUCUUUUCCCCAAAGCUGACAUAAUUUCAACAGUUGAGUUCAAUCACGAUGGAGAGUUGUUAGCAACAGGUGACAAGGGUGGCAGAAUUGUGAUAUUUCAACGAGAAAAUGCCGUAAGUAUCGGGUUUCAUUGGCAAACGGUACUGCGUAGAAUGUCUGGGGCUUAAUUCAUCUAGUUGUCAAAGUAUAUUUCUUUUACUGUUUAAAGAUUAUUUGAUCACAAUUGUCGUCUUAAAUUGACAUUAAGGUUUCUAAACCACUAAAACUCUAACUUUUAUGACUUGUUUGCCAAAUUUAUAACAAAUAAACCACAUUUAAAAACAAUCACCAAAUAUAAAUAUUUGUAUAGUAUUAAAUGUAGUACUAAUUUGGUAAAUUAGCUCCUUGUCUCGACAAUUAUCAAUGUGGGGUUAUUCUGUUAUCCCUGUACAUUUGGCAAAGCAACUCCUUUAAGGUACAGUCAAGCCUCUCAACAUGGACACCUUUGUUAAGAGAAUGGACACCUUAAGAGAAUUCCAAGUUCCCAACACACAUAUUACACAGUUAUUGUGUGCACAUCAUUCAGGAAACAUCCACGCCUCCCCCCAGGAAACAUCCAUGCCUUCCCCCAGGAAACAUCCAUGCCUUCCCCCACAGAGAAAUUUGGAAGUCAAUUCCCAUACCCGCCCCUUUAGAUGGCCUAGCACAUUUUACCAUUAUCAGAAGUAAAUUUUCUUCCCUCCCCUUCCGGAUGGAAUUACAGUGCAUCUACUGUAAGUGGAGCCACUUAGAGAACACUAACCAAUUGCAUUGCAGAACAGAAAGAAAAAUCUAAUCAAAACUAAAGCUCAUCCAAUCAAAAGAAAGAUUCAGGAAGCCAUUACAGAUAAACUACGUGAAGCGUUCCUCUUUUGACUUCGUAACUCAUUCGGAAUUUUCCUCAUUAGCUUUGCAAAUUUGAAAAACUCUUUGCCAAUCCCGUGAGGGAAUUUGCAAUGUUCCUAUCGGCUGUUGCAAUUUUCCAAACUUCAUUUUAAAUUUUCCGAACUUCCUGUUUUAAUUUCCUAACUUCUUGUUCUGUUCUGAGCGUUGUUAUUGGUCGAUUAUUUUUGUUAGCCAAUUGCAACGCCCAAAACAGAACAGGAAGUUAGGAACUUGUAACAGGAAGUUAAGAACUUCUAACAGGAACUGAGGAAAAUUUUUUUGGCUUUUAGCAACAUUGCAAAUUCCCUCAAGCGAUUUGCAAGGGAGUUUUUUAAAUUGCAAAAGUAAUGAGGAAAAUUGCAAUCAAUUUAGAAACUCAAAAGAGGAACGCUUCACGUAGUUUACCUGUAACUGCAGUGUUUACUUUUACAUGUCUAUUUUUACCAUUUGACAUUCAUUUAUUUGUUCAAAUUGUUUUUGGCCUAAUGCUGAUUGGCUAAUGCGCCGUUUGUUGAUUUUUUCAAUUUCUGUUCUUCAAUGUGAUUGGUUAGUGUUCUGUAAGUGGCCCCACUUACUGUAGACGCACUGUAAUGUCCUCCAUGUCACUUGGAUCUUUUCUGGAACAAUCCGUUUCCUUGUAAAAACUCUUCUAUGUUAAUGACACCUUUCCAUUAGGGACACUACUGUGUGUUCCUUCAGUUUAGAGUUGGGCGGUAUUGGAAUUUUAAUACUUUAUUGUUACUAUUUGGUUUAGCAACAAAAAAUAUUGUGUUACAGGAAAGCUAGAACAGGGAAUACUCCCCUAAUAGAAUAGCUACCUAAUAUUUUUUGAAAAAUAUUGCAGACCAUUAUAUUUUUACAAUAUUUUUUAAUUGUGAAUACAUGUGUACACUACAGUAAAUACAGUUAACAUCCAAUAACCCGAACAUCUAAGAAAAAAUAGAAAAAAUGAUAAUGAUGUUCUAACAUGUUAAUAUCUGAUCUAUAUGCUAUUUUGCAUGGUAUGAUUUCUGGUAUACUGCAAUAAUGGUACACAGGUAUAGGGUCAAAACCAAUUCCACCAAACCAGUAUCAACUAAAUAUUGUGAAAAAUUAUUCAAAUACCCCCAGGACAGCAACAAGGGGAGUGUGUUCUGGAAUGACCCAUUAAGACAGAUCAGUCUGAUCAUGUGUAGUUUGAAAACUUACAAAAUGGUUCAAUGAAAGGGUUCAAUUUUAUUAUUUUAGCCUAAAGGUUCACCACGAUAUGGUGAAUACACAGUAUACAGCACUUUUCAAAGUCAUGAACCUGAAUUUGAUUACCUCAAAAGCUUGGAAAUCGAAGAGAAAAUUAACCAAAUAAAAUGGCUAAGAAGAAAAAACCAAGCACAUUUUCUUCUCUCGACAAAUGGUAGGUAUCAUGUAAGGAAAUUAAUAAAAAGUUGCUUUUGUAUUAGUUAUUUGGCAAAUGCUUGUGAAACAUUUUUUCCCUAUGUACUGGAAGUAAUCAAGCAGAGAACAUACAGGGUAAAACUAGUUUAGAAAAUCGUACGUCAACAUUGAUAUGACAUGCACCAACUUUGCUAUGGAGCGUACAAUGUCGUAUGGUAUCUCUGAAGCAUUCUAAAGUCUUAUUAUCCACAAUAAUCAAGCCUUUUCUUCAAAAUUCAAUCUGUUACAGACAAAACAGUGAAAUUGUGGAAAAUAUCUGAACGAUGUACUAGAGCUGAGGGAUUCAAUCUUUGUGAUGAUCGAGGAAUGGGAUUGUCGCCUGACGACCUAACUGAAUUGAGAGUACCAGUUCUGAGGCCUUCGGAGUUGACUGUCGAAGCCAGUCCUAGAAAAAUCUUCGCAAAUGCUCAUACGUACCACAUUAACUCAAUAUCUAUAAAUAGUGAUGAUGAAACAUAUCUAUCUGCAGAUGAUCUUAGGAUUAAUUUGUGGCACCUUGGAAUUACAAAUCAGAGUUUUAGUAUCCUUUUAUGACAGUGUGCAUUUGUGUGCCCAUUUUAUAUAAAUUUAAUAUUUAUGAUGUGUGUUGCCCACUUAUGAAUCAAAUCAGGUAGCUUGAGGGCUGGAUCCAGUCCUGUCUAAAGGAAGGGGUGAAUAUUUUUUAGUGGUGUGGGGGUUCAUUCCGCUAACCAAUUACAUAAAAAUGAUGUCAUGUGGAUUUCAGUCAUAUUUCACCAUGCACUAGUUGAAUCUAAUUUUUAGAUGAUUCCUAGAAAAAUCCACCACCUUGAAGAAACUUGUCUGCCUUAACAGUACUUUCUCAGAUAUUGUAGAUAUCAAACCAGCCAAUAUGGAGGAACUAACAGAAGUGAUAACUGCUGCAGAGUUCCACCCUGUAGAAUGUAAUAUUUUUGCCUAUAGUAGCAGUAAAGGAACUGUCAGAUUGUGUGACAUGAGGAAAGCAGCCCUCUGUGAUCGGCAUGCAAAAUGUAAGUCACCAUUACCAAGUUAUGCAAGGUGCCUUUUCUAUUCAUAAUAAAAAAUCAACCUGCAUGAUUUUUGCAUGCAGUUUCAUUUAAUAGGAAUAAGAACAUACAGCAGGAGAUAGGGAUGUAUAUAGUUACCAGUAGGGUUACUUUUUUCCACUCCCAAAUUUGGAAGGGCCACUUGCUUCCUCUAUUUGGGAAUAGUCUGACAAAAAAGUUGAUUAGCGAAUAUUCAAAGUUUUAAAGUUAUUUUGACCACAGACAAGGCUGCUGCCAAUUGUUUAGUUAUGCUUUGUUGCAGUUUGUUGAAUGUAUAAGAGAAAAUUUAAACAAAUUAUGCAGUUGGAAGAAAUUUUCAAACUUUUCGAGAAUCUUAUUUCGGCAAAUUUUAUUCUUUGUCAUCUUUAUCUCCUCAUUUGGACUCCUCAAACCCAACAAGGAGGAGCAAAUGCUUAUAUGCAUCCCUGGCAGCAGAACAUAAAGUAUACAUCCGUAUCAGUCGUAUCAUAUUGAAUUUGCAGUCACUUUGUGAUUAUAAUUGGUUUAUUACAUGAAUAAAUAAAUGUCUAUUCACAAUUAUGAUCCCGUUAGGGUGUCAUUACAAAACUACUUUACAUAUAUUCAAAUCAGUGUAUCAAUAAGUUUAUUUCUUAGAUGAUAUCUUUUAAAAAUGUUUUUAAUGCUCAAUUUUAAACAAACCCUCUCGCUUUAUUUAUAUUUCCAGUAUUUGAACAACCAGAAGAUCCUGCUAGCAAGUCAUUUUUCUCUGAAAUCAUAUCGUCCAUAUCAGACGUGAGAUUUUGUCGCAGUGGUAGAUAUAUGUUGACGCGAGAUUACCUCACUGUCAAAGUUUGGGAUCUCAAUAUGGAGAAGACGCCUGUAGAGGUUUUCAAUGUUCAUGACUAUCUUAAGACCAAGUUAUGUUCAUUGUAUGAAAAUGAUUGUAUUUUUGAUAAAUUUGAAUGUUCAUGGAGUGGAGAUGACAAGUAAGUUAAUGGCAGAGAUUAUUUUGUUUUAUCUAUUAUGUUUGAAAGAACAGCGUUGGAAGACUAUGGUGUUUAUGCGUUGCCAUUUAAUUCGCUGACACAUGAUGUGGGAUUUGCCUUUUUUUUGGACUGGGAAAAUGCGAUUUGGGUUACUGGGAAUUAAAGACACAAAAAAGAGAAUGGGACAACCAGAAUACUAUUAUAAAGACAGUUGUAGUCAGAAGAGUGAAAUAGUUUAAAAAACAGCUAUAGAGCAACUUUUGAUCGAGAAUUUGUCUUAAAAAUUUCCAGGAAAACUGAAAACACGGUGCAACACUUCUGUGAAAUGUAACUAUGAGUGAAGUGUAAUGUAACAGUCUGAACAAAGUGUUUUUGGCAGCGGAUUACCCAUAGGGAUAACUAUUUCUUCUCCACUUUAGAUCCAUCAUGACGGGAUCCUAUAACAACUUCUUUCACAUAUUCAACUGUGAGACAAAGGAAGAUUUGUGUUUCGAAGCCUCGCGAGAAGGAGCGAAACCCAAGCAAGCUCUGGAGUUAAAGAAAGUCGCCACGUCGGGCAAACGAAAGAAGGACGAAAUUACUUUAGAAUGUUUAGACUUCAACAAAAAAAUCUUGCAUACUGCAUGGCAUCCAUUGGACAAUAUUACUGCGGUUGCAGCUACGAAUAACUUGUACCUUUUCCAAGGUCGAUCGAAGCAACAUUGAUAGAUUUUCUAUAGGUGUGACCUUAGAAAUUAUACAAUAUAGCUCAUUUUUCUUGGCGUAUCAUUAUACACCAUAAAUUAUACAUAAAUUAUUUUCGCUGUUUUUUGUGUUUUGUUGCCUGUUUAGUCUGUUGAGUAUUGUAAAAAUAUUGAAGAAUUUUACAGUUUGCACUUUCGUCUUUCGAGGUUCUGGACAAAAAGUGGAUUUAAGGUGGCGGGGGUUACGUUCUUCGUGUAUAUGUAAAAUAUCGCGUGACUUCAAAAUUCAGUACGUGAUGCGACGCAGUCACUUGUCAACUGCUGGGAGCAUUCGCGUUUACUCUGCAAGGACUUCAGAUGCACUUUUGAAAAUUUUUUAUUUAUUUGUUGCUUUUAUCAUAAGGGGCCAUUCACAAAG